CGGAUCCAAAUUCUUCUAAAGCUUGGUUCUCUUGACUUGCAAUCUUCAAAGGAAUGAGACGUGCACGUAUAUUCACGAUUACAGAUAUACCAUAUCUAAAGCAUUCAUGACAUAAGUUGUAACAGCCAAACAGGGGCCCAUCUAUCAAAUGGUCAGCCUCAAUGACGCCUAUGUGUUUACCCUUCAUGGCGUCGGCCGUCGUGCGUGGUGGAAUGCCUCAAACUCACACAACGAGAGGGACACGACAGACAUCCCCACCGCGUUCUUUGUCUCACUGUCACCCUUCUAUAGACCCAAUAAACGUCGGUCUCUACGUACAUGGAAAGCACAUUUCCCCCCUUCAACGCGACCUUCUCUUCCCUGCACCCAUCUUUUGAGUCUACAGAGAAACAGAGAGAUGAGACCGAACUGUAAGUGGGUUGGGAUGGGAAUGCACAAGAAUUGGGUGGGAGCUGUUCGAAGGAAUUUCAGGUUCAGGAGAUCAUCAGAAUCUCUUAAGAGAGCAAACAGCAUUGGAUCACGUUGUACCUGUGUUGGAGCUGUCCGAAGAAGGUGGAGUACUAAAUCGUCUCCCCAGGAAACAAUGAUUGUCUUCAACCGCAUCAACGACAGCGAAUCCUUCACGAAUGAGCAGGAGGAGGAAGACAAAGAGAAGACCAAAGAAGAAAUUCUCAAUACUAAAGGGGUUGCUGUUAUAGUCUUGCACCACACCAAAGACAGCAAAACCUUCAUAUAUGAGCAGGAGGAGGAAGACAAAGAGAAGACCAAAGAAGAACAAAUAAUCCUAAAUCCUAAAGAAGUCGAGGAUGGUGAAGAUGAUGGUGAUGCUGCUAGUGAUGUUUCAUUUUCAUCUAUCCAGGAUUUGUUACAGAACGAGGAUCUCGCUGCCAUCAAGAUCCAAGCCUUUUUCAAGGGUCAUCUUGCACGACGAGCGUAUCAAGCCAUGCGGACUCUUGUGAAGUUGCAGGCACUGGUUCGUGGCUUUGACAUGUGUUUGUAAGGAAGAGCAUUGUUUCCUUUCUGUAUUCUUCAAUUCAUUUAUUCAAAAAAAAUUGUGAAAAUUUAACAAGGAA